AUUUGCAAGGCUGGAGUCUUAUGCGUUGGGGCUUGAUCGGCUGGAUGCGUCCUUUCUCGCGGCCACAUCCCCACAGCCAUGGUCAGCACCAGAACUCGCUCCUACCAGCCGCCAGCCGGAGGCGGCCCUGAGACCGGCCCUCCCGCCAGGGCGCCUGUAGCAGGCCGCACCCGCCACGCCUCUCUCAACGCAGCCGCGCCGCCAGCGUCGCCGACGCCGGCGCCGGCGCGGCGGCGGCGCACCUCCUCGCUGACGGCGCCGUCCGCCGAGCCGGCUGAAGCGCGGCCGCACCGCAAGGAGCUGCUGCAGCGCUACCGGCGCCAGGCGGACGCGCUGCCGACGCUGCCAGAGCGACUGGCUGGGUCCCUGGAGGAGGAGAAGGAGGAGGAGCGGCUGGCUGAGUCUCCGGAAAAGGAGGAGCGACCGGCCAAGCCAGAGUCUCCGGUGGAGGAGGAGCGGCUGGCCAAGCCGGAGCCCCCGGAGGGGGAGCGACCGGCCAAGCCGGAGUUCCCGGAGGAGGAGCGACCGGCCAAGGGGGAGUCCCCGGAGGAGGAGAAGCAGUCGGUCGAGCAGAACUCCGCGGAGAAGGUGACGCGCGCGGUGGUGCCAGCGCCACGCGAGGCGGACGAGGCGGCGCCGACCGGGCCGACGGCAGAACAACCAGCGCCGGAUCAGGCGGCGGCGGCGCCGGAGGAGGACGCGAUGGAAGUGGAGGACGCGCUGACGCCGGCGGCUGAGCCGGCGCCGGCCGCCGCUGCUGCGCCGGCCGCGCAGAGCCGGGGACUCGCAGCCGUCCAGAGGAUCCUGGCCGGCGGGCGGGACACGGAGCGUGGUGAGCCACCGCUGCCACCGCCGCCUCCGUCGCAAACCGCCCGACCGCCGUCACAAGCCGUCCGGCCGCCGCCGCCGCCGCGCGGCCAGCCCAAGUCGGGCCGCUUCUGGAAGCCGGUACGCUCGAGGGCAUCGAAAGUGCUAGUGCGCGAUCCCGUCAGUUACGAGGUGCGCAUGCAGAAGCGACAGCAGUUGAAGGUGGUGAAGGCCUUGGAGAAUCAGCUGAAGGACGAGCGGAAGCAGAAGCAGCAGGAGCUGCGCAAGCGGCGGGAGUACAACGAGAAGAAAACGGCGGAAAACGCGCUUAAGUCGGAGGUCUAUCAGGUCAUAAAGAACCCACAAAAAAUAAAACGAAUGAAGAAGAAGCAGCUGCGCUUGUUGCAGAAACGCGACACGACCGUGGUGGGUAAAAGUGUUCUAGACGAAUAAAGGCUUGACAUGGCA